UCAAGUAAGAAAGAUGUAAGAGCAAAGCUGAAGUGUCAUUAAUGACUGUGUAGUGGAGAUCAUUCAGGUGUGCUGAAAUCUCUUCUGAUCCCCUCCCUGGAGGACGGGUCGCUACACUGAACUUGGUGCUUGUCUCUGCCCUUGCCCUUUGAUCAAAGACUGAUCAACUGACCUUAAGAAGACAUCGGAUUUGGGAAACCCUCUGCUCUUCCAUGGACCGCUGUGGUCUCCUGUGGUUCCUGUGCUGUCUUUAAGUAAAUAACACAGCUCUGUCUUCUUCGGCUGCAAAAACUGAAGGUAUAUUGAAUGUACCUGCUUCAGCACCACCAUUGUGUCCCUGGGACGUGUUAACAGUGUGCAUUUUUAAGGCUCCGAGGCAGUGAAUAUUUUUCAUCUCCUAGCAGAGUACAGUCUGCUAAUGAAAUCGUCCAACAUCUCCUCUGCUGUGUUGUUAGCUCCGUGUAUGUGUGUAGAAUUGAUUCAGAUUUGUAAUUCAUCAACUUUUACUAAACUGUCUUUGCCAUUGAUGAGAACAGUAUCCUUUGCACGUGUAAGUUUCACUAAUCCAAGAGGACCUAUUAUGCAAUAGAGAGUCUCUCGGUUGAUUUGAACAUGAUGUUACUCAGGCCCCAGGUCUAAUCUUGAUUACAACUCUUUCACUUUCUGUCCCAUGGCUGAGCAUCUCCAUGCUUUGGCUGGUUGUCCUACAGUUGUCUUUUUGGCCUGGGGAGGGGCCAGUCGAGAAUGUAGAUGAACAAGUACAAAUCAAUCCCCAGAGCAAGGAAACAACAGCUAAAGUACGCAGUUCAAGCCUGGAUCGUGGUUCAAUUUUUCCCCAAGAAAAGACAAAGACACUUCUGUGUAGAUGAAAACAUGUUCGCAUGGAACAUUGCACGGUGGAGCGUGUGCACGCAUGCGAUGGGUCUAAAGUGUCCUAAUGAGUGUACAUGUGUAUGUGUGUCAGGGAGGAGGUAGACCUGUUACUGUGUUAAUGAUGACAGUAAAAUAUACCUAUUAGUCACCAUGGCCAGGUGCCAAGUGUUGUGCCCGCCGUAGGUUUAUCCGUGCGACGCUUGACUAUAAGGAUCACCCAAGCACUUCCAGAAGGGAAAGGUGAGGAUUGAUUUGUCAAUGCCUAAGGGUCUCCCAACGUGUGGUCUACAACCGUGUUUGUCAGUGAGCUGUUUGGCCUCGGCAGGAAUUUUCCCACAGAAAGGAUGUUCUAACUGGCAGGCUCCCAGGACCGCCCACAAAUCCAUUUAACCAUAACAGAACUGAUGAACACUGUCAGGGCUAGAGUUGGCUUCCAAGUGGGAAGUCAGCCUAGUAUUAAUAGCACAGUUCCAGCUGCCCUGUGGGCCCAGCGGACUUCUGAUGGACCCGCCUGGGAACCAAGGCACUCUUUGUAACAUUUAUGGGAAAUGGAUUCCUCGGUGAGCGUGGUGGGAAGGGAAUACUGUGGUGGCUUGAGAACCAUGGCUGCCCAUUUCUCCCUUCUACUCUAAUCACUACCAGCACCGGCAUCCAGCAGGAAGAGACCAAGGAAUCCUUCUCCCGCCUUCAGACCUGGGGAGAGCCUGCCCUAGUCCUGGUCCGACUCACUUGGGUUGGCUGUUCCCACGUACAGGAUAUUUGGUGAUUUCACCUGGAACAGCAUGUCUGGCCGCAGUGUGCGGCUGAGAUCCGUCCCCAUCCAGAGUCUCUCAGAGCUGGAGCGAGCCCGGCUGCAGGAAGUGGCUUUUUAUCAGUUGCAGCAGGACUGUGACCUGAGCUGUCCCAUCACCAUUCCCAAAGAUGGACAGAAGAGAAAGAAAUCUUUGCGAAAGAAACUGGAUUCACUAGGAAAGGAGAAAAACAAAGACAGAGAAUUCAUCCCCCAGGCAUUUGGAAUGCCCUUAUCCCAAGUCAUUGCAAAUGACCGGGCCUAUAAACUCAAGCAGGACUCGCAGAGGGACGAGCAGAAGGAUGCGUCUGAUUUUGUGGCUUCCCUCCUCCCGUUUGGAAGUAAAAGACAAAACAAAGAACUCUCAAGCAGUAACUCAUCUCUCAGCUCCACCUCGGAAACGCCAAAUGAGUCAACGUCCCCGAACACCCCAGAACCGGCUCCUCGGGCCAGGAGGAGGGGCGCGAUGUCAGUGGAUUCUAUCACAGAUCUUGAUGACAAUCAGUCUCGACUGCUAGAAGCAUUACAACUCUCCUUGCCUGCUGAGGCUCAGAGUAAAAAAGAAAAAGCCAGAGAUAAGAAACUCAGUCUGAAUCCCAUUUACAGACAGGUCCCCAGGCUGGUGGACAGCUGCUGUCAGCAUCUAGAAAAACAUGGCCUCCAGACGGUGGGGAUAUUCCGAGUUGGAAGCUCAAAAAAGAGAGUGAGACAAUUACGUGAGGAAUUUGACCGUGGGGUCGAUGUCUCUCUGGAGGAAGAGCACAGCGUUCACGAUGUUGCUGCCUUGCUGAAGGAGUUCCUCAGGGACAUGCCGGACCCCCUUCUCACCAGGGAGCUGUACACAGCCUUCAUCAAUACUCUCUUGCUGGAACCAGAGGAACAACUGGGCACCUUGCAGCUCCUCAUCUACCUUCUACCUCCCUGUAACUGCGACACCCUCCACCGCCUCCUGCAGUUCCUCUCCAUGGUGGCCAGGCAUGCCAAUGACAACGUCAGCAAGGAUGGGCAAGAGGUCACUGGGAACAAAAUGACCUCUCUAAACUUGGCCACCAUAUUUGGACCCAACCUGCUGCACAAGCAGAAAUCGUCAGACAAAGAAUUCUCCGUCCAGAGCUCAGCCCGGGCUGAGGAAAGCACGGCCAUCAUUGCUGUGGUGCAGAAAAUGAUUGAAAAUUAUGAAGCCUUGUUCAUGGUUCCGCCCGAUCUCCAGAACGAAGUACUGAUCAGCCUGUUGGAGACCGAUCCCGAUGUGGUGGACUAUUUACUCAGAAGAAAGGCCUCCCAGUCCUCAAGCCCUGACAUGUUGCGAUCGGAAGUUUCCUUUUCUGUGGGAGGAAGGCACUCGUCCACCGACUCCAACAAGGCCUCCAGCGGAGACCUCUCCCCUUAUGACAACAACUCCCCAGUGCUGUCUGAGCGCUCCUUGCUGGCUAUGCAAGAGGACGCGGCCCCGGGGGGCUCGGAGAAGCUUUACAAAGGGCCGGAGCAGUAUGUGCUGGUGAGCCACUUGCCAUCGUCGAAAUCAAGGGAGAGUUCUCCUGGACCAAGGCUUGGCAAAGAUAUGUCAGAGGAGCCUUUCAAUAUCUGGGGAACUUGGCAUUCAACAUUAAAAAGUGGUUCCAAAGACCCAGGAAUGACAGGUUCCUAUGGAGACCUUUUUGAGAGCAGUGCCCUCCGACCGGGGCCAUGCUCCCUUUCUCAAGGGAACCUGUCCCCAAAUUGGCCCCGAGGGCAGGGGAGCCCCACAGAACUGGAAGGUGGCCUGCAGGCCAUUCGGAGGACUCAGACCACGGCCACCAUCGUGGAGUGCAGGGCCUGCCCUCCUGAGUCGCGCGUCUGCAGCACGCCCCACAUCCAGGGCGGCGGCAGAAGGUGUGAGCAGGCCACACCGAAGUCAGAGCAGUAUUUGACUCUGAGCAGCGCCGAAGACCUCACUGAGAGUGAGCUCGAUGUGGUCUGGCUGCAGAGCAGAGCCAAGCCUUUGCACCAGAGACCUCGAGGGAGUGAGAAGCGUGACAAGAGGCCUCCGCCUCCGUAUCCUGGUCCCGGGAAGCAAGCUGUAGCGUCAUCCCACCAGCCAGCAGAGCCGCUCUUGUGGAGGCCUCAGAGGCCAGAAGAAGGUUCCAGAACAGCGUUGGAAGAGGGAAGCCAAACAGCCGAGCGAGAGCAGCAAGCCGCUGAGCAAAAACUGAGCAGCGCCUACUCCACUUCCGCCAGCGAUCAGAACAGUAAGACUUUGGGUGACCCCAACUGGCUGGAUUGGCAGAGAGAGCGGUGGCAGAUCUGGGAGCUCUUAUCGACCGACAACCCCGAUGCCCUCCCGGAAACGCUGGUAUGAGCCCACCCAAGCGCACACCCCCACGGCCCAGACAGCCUUCUUUCACUCCGUAGGGGAAAAAGUUGGUGUUGGACAAUUGGACACUUGCUGGUUUUUCUUCUUUAACACUUUAAAAAAAAAUAACACGAGAGAAACCCAGCUCACUUAAAGAUAGAGAGCACUAGUACCCUUGCCAUUUAUAAUAAACUUCUAUUGCAUAGCCAGCCUUAGGAGAAAACGAAAACAAAAACGGAUGGUGAUAUCCAACCGAAAAACUACUCGCGUUGGCUUUGUAUAAGAUAAAACCCUUGCUUUGAUAUAGCUUAACUGUAUUUAUGUGACUUCAGUUUUGACUGUUGUAUAUUCUGUAACAGAUUCUGUAUGAUAAUCGUAUAUGAUAUAUUCACAGAAACAGAAGGAACAAUUUUUAAAAAUCACUUCACUUAUACUGAGUAAUGAGAUUCUAUAGAAUGUUCUAGAAUAUGCACAAGCAGGUUUCUGUGCUUUUGCCAUAGCUUUUUAGCUGGGGACAGCCCUUCCUUCAAUGCCUAGGAAAAACACUAACAAAACAAAACAGAGUAUGCCAAGCCAUAUUUUUAUAUAGUCAUGAGAUGCAAAAGAAAACGUAGUCACUGAAUGCUUUUUCAUAUUGAAUAUGUUUUAAGGAAGAUAUUAAAUUUGAUACAUUAUGGAAUAUAUUUUUAGAAUCUGUUUAGAAAGGAUUCAGUUAAUCGAACAAGAGAAAGGCCGUGCCUGACAAAGAAAGAAUAAUUAAGAAGUUGUCCUUCCCAUUUUAGAUCAAAUUCAAUUUUAUAUAGACCAUAUAUAAUAUAUAUUUAUAUAUAAUUUUUAUGUAUUUUUCAAAAACUACAAACUGGAAUCCAACUAUAAAGCGUUUAAGCAUCCAAACAGAGUAUUCAAAUUACAGAACAAAAGUUUUUCCUUUUGCCCCAUAAUCAGUAUUAACCAAAUUAUAAGCAAAGCUUUGUAAAGUAAGUCACGUUUGGACAAAAACUCCAGCUUUGUACUUACAUCGCGCCAAAGGCCGAGGACAUGUUUUCUUCGGUAAUUUUGUGUGUAUCGUAAAAUGCUCCUACUACAUACUUCAGUAGUUUCAAGUUUUUCAACCGCAAAACCAUUUUUGACCAGCAGGUGGCGAUUCGCUUCAGUAUUUUACGAGAUUUUUUUUUUUUUU